CCCUACCAAUCACGCAGCACUUUCCUCAAGCAACCUGGGCUCUUUAAAGCCCAGCAGAGGUGGGAGAAAGGGACUUUUUUCGGCUUUGCAGGUGGUCAGGAUUUCUUCUGGGAAGCAUCACGAGAAGUGAGGGCUUCUUUGAAGAAUCCCUGAGUCAGCAACCCCGGCAAGAGAAGGCACUAGCGCAGGUUGCAUGAAGAAUUAAAGAUGGCAAAAAGUGGUGAUGGCAUACGCAUCUUGCAGGGUCUAUUAGUCUUUGGAAAUGUGGUCAUUGGGAUGUGCGGCAUUGCCCUGACAGCAGAGUGCAUCUUCUUUGUGUCCGAUCCCCAUGGUCUCUACCCUCUGCUGGAAGCCACAGAAAACGAUGACAUCUAUGCUGCUGCCUGGAUUGGCAUCUUUGUUGGCUUUGCACUCUUUGCUCUGUCUAUCCUUGGUAUCGUCGGAGUCAUUAAGUCCAACAGGACCUUGCUGCUGGUGUAUAUUAUUCUGAUGCUGAUCACUUAUGCAUUUGAAAUGGCUUCUUGUAUCACAGCAGCGACUCAGCGAGACUUUCUCACUCCAAAUCUCUUCCUGAAGCAAAUGCUGGAGAGGUAUAACAAGUCAGACACAGACAAUAACAACGACAAAUGGAUGGCUGAAGGGGUCACAAAGACAUGGGAUGAACUCAUGCUUCAGAAGCACUGUUGCGGCGUGCGGGGCCCCUCCGACUGGCAGGAGUACGCGUCCGCCUUCCGCUCCAGGCACAAAGACGCCGACUUCCCUUGGCCGCGCAAUUGCUGUGUCAUGGAUGCCCAAGGGUCUCCCGUCAACCUCGACGCCUGCAAGCUUGGGGUCCCCGGCUACUAUAACAGCAACGGUUGUUAUGAUGCUAUUUCUGGGCCAAUGAACACACAAGCCUGGGGUGUUGCCUGGUUUGGUUUUGCCAUCCUCUGCUGGACUUUCUGCGUCCUCCUUGGUACCAUGUUCUACUGGAGCAGAAUUGAAUACUGAAGCCCCAGCGUCCUCAGCGCUGUCCUGAAGCACCGUGUGAAACUGCAUUUGUUCAUCGCCUGCUCCAUUCUCCUUGUGCCACGGAGGAUUUGAAGUUUUCCCACUACCUCUCCCAUAUAUACUUUUGCCCCUCCAAAAACUUGACACACAGAGCUGAUGACUCCAGGAAAGAAUUUUCUUGUCCCUUCUUUGCCCCUUGUUCUGCAGCCUUAAUGCCUCCUGGCUGAGGCACAAUCCUUCUUUCGCUGUGCAAGAAAUCCUUGGAGCAUAAGAUAAGAAGUGCUCUGAUUUGUUUUGUGAUGACAUCAGAAAGGAGAAUGUCCAUAUACGCUUGCUCCAGAAAAAUCUCUUUCUAAAACUAGGUUGAAUGUAAAUCAUAAUGCCAAAGGCUCCAGCAAGGGCUAUGUGAGCAAAACUGUAACCUCCUGUGACCAAUAAAGACGGAUGCUACAAGGGAGAAGACUGCAGACCUCUCUAAUAUAUUUUAUUGUUCAAGUUCUGUUCCUGGUCUCUCUUACCCCUUGCCUUAGAAUAAGGAAGAUUCUUUAGGAGUUUAAGUGUGUCAGCAGUAAAGACAUGUUGCAGAUAAAAAGUCUGUUGCUAGUCAAGCCCAAUAAAAGGCUAGCUCACUCCUCAGCAAUAUGCUGCCUAUAUUCAAGCCUACCUCCUGUCACUGAUGAAACUACUGCAUGUGCUCCUGCCUUCAGAAGUGCCAGUCCAGGAAAAGCUCCACUUGCUAACAAGCGACUCCUUCAAAAAGCUGUUAUGUACUUCACACAAGAUUUCACACAUUGAAGGGCUAGAAUUUGUGCAGAAUACGAGGGGUCCUACGCUGUAGUUGGCUUUGCAAAAGUGGCUGUCCCGCGCCCUUAAUUUCCAUGCUUCUUGCUUCAGCUCCCUGCAUGUAUAUGGUCACAUCCCUUGUGUACUUCCCCUUCCACAUCCCUCGAUCAGGUAGGACAAAAGGCAAAUAAUGGCAACGAGUAACUCUUGUGAAAAAUGCAAGCAAGGAGCUAACUGAACCAAAUUCAGUCCUUGCAUCAGCAGUUACAUUACUCACUCAGUUCAAUAGAGGCUGUUUACUUUGGCCCAGACUGAUCUGGUGUCUUUCCUAGUAAAGACCGGUAGUUACAUAUGUCGUGUGAAAUAUGCUCCUGUAUAGAGCAUUUUAAGGUGAAGCCUCUUCCUAAGGUGUACUGCUUCAGGUCCUGACACUUGCCAGCUGCCUUGAUUCUUCGUUUUUGUAUAUUCACCAAAACACUAAUUAAAAAGAAGCGGAAGUGAAA